GCAGUCACAUAUCUUACAGUGUACGUGAACUUGAGAUGCAAUUCAAAUUGAAGUCCGACAGAGGUCAAGACAUGUAGUUGUCUACUCUGUGGCUGCACAGAAAUAUGUGAUGGUUUCACUCUCUCGGAAGCUGAUUCUACCUAUUAUCAGACCUCCACUCGUCAUUCGCCAACCCACCAAAUUUCCACAAGAGGAAACGCCAUUCAUACCAUUUUCACAGCUCCAACAAAUUAAACAAUUAGAAUAUCAACUCACACACACCCUCGACAGCUGCACAACCCUCACCAAAGUUAAGCAAGCCCACGGUUACAUAAUCCGCAAAGGCCUCGGCCAGUGUUCUUAUAUCAUAGCAAAGCUCCUCCGAGUUAUCGCUAAAAUCAAUGUCCCCAUGCACCCUUAUGGAGUUUUAGUGUUCUCCCAAGUGAGACAUCCAAACCCUUUCCUCUACACGGCUUUAAUACGAGGGCUCGCGAUUGACGGGCUGUUCAAGGAAUCAGUUCUUGUUUAUAGUUCCAUGCGGAAGGAUGGUGUUACGCCCGUAUCGUUCACAUAUACGGCCAUGUUAAAGGCAUGUUCUAGUCAAAUGAAUGUCCAUUUGGGACGGCAGAUUCAUGGGGAGAGUGUAAAGUUAGGUGGGUUUGGCUUGGAUAUGUUUGUUGGCAACACUUUGAUUGAUAUGUAUGUAAAGUGCGGAUGGUUGGAUUGCGGGAGGAGGGUGUUCGACGAAAUGCCUCACAGGGACUUGAUUUCGUGGACCUCAUUGAUUGUUGCUUAUACAAAGAACGGUGAUAUGGAUUCUGCAAGGGAGUUGUUUGAUGGGUUGCCUGUGAAGGAUAUGGUGGCGUGGACUGCAAUGGUGACAGGGUUUGUACAGAACGCAAAGCCAAGGGAAGCAUUGGACUAUUUUGAGAGAAUGCAGAGAGCAGGUGUAGAGACUGAUGAGGUAACAUUGGUUGGUGUUAUUAAUGCUUGUGCACUGUUGGGCACGAGUAAGUAUGCAAAUUGGGUGAGGGAUGUUGCGGAGCGGUCUGGGUAUAGUCCCAAGGACAAUGUAGUUGUUGGCUCGGCUUUGAUUGAUAUGUACUCGAAGUGUGGAAGUGCGGAGAGUGCAUAUGAAGUUUUUAAGAUGAUGCAGGAAAAAAAUGUGUAUACGUACAGUUCGAUGAUUGUUGGUUUUGCAAUUCACGGUUGCGUUAGUUCCACCCUAGAAUUGUUUGAGGAGAUGGUCAAAAAGGAUGUGAUGCCCAACCAUGUGACUUUUGUUGGGGUUCUUACUGCAUGUAGUCAUGCAGGAUUGGUAGAGAAAGGUCAACACAUGUUCAAAAUAAUGGAGAAAUCAUAUGGUGUUAAACCAUCUUAUGAUCACUAUAAUUGUAUGGUGGAUCUCCUCGGAAGGACAGGACGAUUGGAGGAAGCACUGAAGCUUAUAAGAAGCAUGCCGAUAGAGCCCAAUGCUAGCAUAUGGGGAGCUCUGCUUGGUGCUUGUCGUACGUAUGCAAACCCUGAUGUUGCGGAAGUUGCUGCUAGACAUUUAUUUAAGCUGGAACCUGAUGGUAUUGGAAACUAUAUCUUGCUUUCAAAUAUUUAUGCAAGAGCAGGAAGGUGGGAAGAUGUUUCGAAAGUAAGGAAAUUGAUUAGAGAAAAGGGGUUGAGAAAGAAUCCGGCAUUUAGCUGGGUUGAGGGAAGCAAAGGGGUGAUCCACGAAUUCUAUGCAGGUGAUUUGACCCAUCCUAGGUCUAGAGAAAUUGACCAGGCCAUGGAGGAUCUUGUUGACAAACUAAAAUUAAAUGGUUAUAGUCCAAAUCUAAGCUGUGUGCUUUAUGAUGUGAGUGAUGAAGAAAAAAGGCGAAUUUUGAUUAAUCACAGUGAGAAGCGAGCUUUGGCUUAUGCGCUGCUCACUACUGAUGAUGGCCUUCCUAUUAGAAUUGUGAAAAAUCUAAGGAUAUGCGAGGACUGUCAUUUAUUUGUGUGUGGUGCUUCUCAAGUUACUCAACGGGAGAUUAUAGUCAGGGAUAAUAUGAGAUUCCACCAUUUUCAUGAUGGGAUGUGCUCCUGCCAUAACUUUUGGUGAUCGAAGUGAGAAUGUACAGAAGUGUGUUUGUUUGCCAGAAUGAUACCUAGAUUCUCAAUUGAUGGAAGCUAGGACUGCAAGAGCUAUUUCUUUUCAGACAAGUGAAUAGGAUGUUUACCUUCUCCAAGUUAUGCCCUCCAACGGGAGGUUGCUUAAAUUUUUCUGCAUACUUGGUUAACUAGGAUAGUUCCUACCAGAAGCCAGCACUUGAAGCUACUUAUGUCUUUCAAUUGAGAGGUUAUUGAAAUUUUGUGGUGUAACUUAUUUAGUUAAAUGGGAGGGUUCCUGGCAGAAAAUGAAGAAAUAAAGAUUCAAGUUAGUAAAAGUUUUCCUUUUUCAGUGUCUUUGGCUACUAUGGCCUGUCAUAAUUCCUUCCUGCUACAUUUAGCACCUGAAAAUAAGGCAGAAACGAUGGUUCGCUCUCUGGAUCAUAUCAGUGUGUAAGGCUUCAAGGUCCUUCAAUUAAUCAAAACAGAUAACUGCUUGACAACGUAA